CGAACGUGUUUCCGUUGUCUCUGGUGAUACUUCUUUGUCUGGUUAACGUUAAAAGCUAGACUUAUAAUGCAGCUAACGCUAAUUUUGCUGCUUGGAGUUUUCAGUCAGAUCCAGUUGGGCUGGGCUGGGGAGGGAAUGCCGCAGUGUUUCUGUGCCGACAACUAUACGGCCAGUGGGGAUAAAUGCAGCUGCUUGCCGUUCCAGGUGAACUUAGGUGGAGCGUGUGAGCUGUCGGCCCAAUGUCAGCAGUCGGACACGUAUGCCGUCUGUGACGAGUCGCAAAAGCGCUGCGUAUGCAUGGAAAACUUUGAGCAGCACCAGGGCAAGUGCCUAGGGCUCCUGGAUUUGAGCUGCAGCAACAAAACGCAAUGCGAACAUAUGGGCGCUUCAAUUUGUCUGCCACAAGGUAUGAAGUGCGCCUGUAUUCCGGGCUAUGUGCCCAAUCACGAUAGGACCACCUGCAUAACGGGCGUUGGACUUGGUGGCCAAUGUACUUCUGCUGAACCAUGCCAGCUGCAGCUCGGCGCCGGCAGCAUUUGCACUGACAAUCGCUGCAGCUGCCGCAGCGAUCACAUCCCAAAAAUGAAACCGAAUCACACAAGCCCCGUUUGCGAGCCGCGUGUGCCAUACGGCAUUAACUUCCGCAUUACCGAGGACUGCCUUGAGCUGGAUGUAGAGGGCCGGCUGCAUGACUCUCGGAUGCAGUGUUUGAAGGGCGUGUGCCAAUGUCGUGCCGAAUUUCGCGUUAUGGACAAUCAAUAUUGCGUGGCGGCCCCAUCCGCAGCUAAUCCGCUAUAUAAAAAACGUUCGCUACUUUUGCUAAUUAUUUUUCUCUUUUUUAUAUGGCAGCGGCUAUUGGCCGGCCUUUUCUGUACACUUCCAUUUUGAGCUUACAAUUUUAGAUAUUACCAUUAAUUCCAUCUUGCUGUCCACUUCUUUUGAAAAAUAAGUUUAAAGCGCAUCAAAUAAAUAACCAAAUGUUGGAAUCAUUUCUGCCCUUUUGCUAAGAAUGUUCCGCAC